AUGAGCCAGCAGCCAAAGUCCUACUUCCAAAACGUGGACACCCACGAUGAGUAUCACGACGACGGCGCGCCAGCUGGCGCCGAGAUGACCGGAACCGGCACUCUCUCAAAACAAUUCCAACCAAAGAAAUACAAGGAUGGCACGAAAAUGUGGAAUGCCGAGCAAUCCGGUGAAGAGACCUAUUCAUACACUCCAUUCAAGGCAGCCACACUGAAUCGGACACCCAAACCAACGAGAGAUUCAGUGCACAGUGGGACACUAAGACCUCCAAAGAUGUCUCCAUUCAUCUAUGCGACUGAUAAUAUAGAGCAAGUGUCCCCACCAUCUGCUCCAGCGACGCCGAGGGUUGGAAGAGCCCGACCGGAGAGUGCGGCUGGGGGGACAAUGACAAGGGAACAGAAGUUGACUUGGGGCAGACCGCCUCCACCAGGACAGCACUUCAGAUCCGCUUCAUCUAUGAGUCACGGAAGACAACCACAUAGUGAAUUUGUUCCGAUUUCAAUGGGGCCACCGAUGCAUCCGAUGGCUCAGAGGUUCCCAUCGUUCAACACAAUUCCACGGGAUCCCAGGGAUCCCAUGGAAGCAAUGCACGCGGCGCCGUUCUAUCCUCACGGGCCACCACAGGAAUUCCAAAUGCACUCUCGCCCUGCGUCCGCUGUCCCAUCGAUGGGACACCCUGUCCCAUUGUCCCAGAUGGGAGCAUUUGUACCGGCGGCUAUGAUGGAGCAGAAACCGUCGCCAAGGACAGUGGCAAAUCAGCUUGCGCAGAGAUCGAACUAUCUCAGCUGGAAUAUGAUCAGUUUGGUUUGCUCUUUGCAGGUCCUCGUGUGCAUUGGAAUCUUCUCCGUCGGAUGCGCCCGAAUCUUCUGGGGUUCUCUUUGGGCAAUCGGCAUCGAGAUAAUCUUCGCCACUUUUGCUCUUUUCCCACCGCUUGUCGGUAUGUACGCGGCCAAGAAAAAUAGUUACUCGGCUGCUUUAUUUUGCUUCUCUACAAACGCUCUGCAGACAGUUUUUGCUGUGGUUCCAUUUAUUCUUGGCCUGUUCCCAGUCUUCCCGUAUAUCUUCCCCCGUGCCGACGCGAAACUUUUCGUCUCUGAAACCGAACCCAUCGUGUGCGAUUUCAUUCUGAGUUUUCUGGUAAUUCUGGAGACAAUUCUAGCGUUUUACAUGGCUGUACUUGGAUGCAAAGCAGGCGGAUCGUUAAUGAGUUCUGUGGAUGAUAUAAAACUACAGAAUAAUAUGAAGGAGGCAUUUGAAAAUGGGCAUGAUGGGUUGCCCUUUAAGAACAUUUGA